AUGUCUGGUAUCCACAUACGCGAUCAUAACGACCCCGACGACAACGCCAUAGUGGUUGCCGAACUGAACUUCGGCGGACCCGAACGUCUACCUGGACCUUACAUGAUAGGAGACCAGCCUACACCUAUGCCUGCCCCGGCUGCCGCCCUCGGUCAUGCUUCAGCUCAGGACAUUGUCCAGGAAGAGCGAAACACCGAGAAAAAGGCCGAAGCCAAUGACUCUGACCCAGCCGCGGGCUGA